CGUCUUCAGGUCGUGGAUCAACGUCGUUGCCAGGCUUUGGCCUCUGGUGGGCGAGAUCGUGGACCCUGCCGGGCUGAACGCCGACCGGGGGCCGACACGCAGGCGGACGGGAGGCUCUGUGGCCCCGGGUUCGCGCGGCCCCGGCGGAGGCUCGAGCGGGGACCCUCGAGUGCGAGCCCCGGGCUCGCGGUGCUGGGGUUCGAGGGGCCGGGCGGGCAGCGACGGCGACGAAGGGGCGGCGGGACCCGGGACCGGCCCAUCUGCAUCCUCGGAGGUGUGACCGCAGCUCCGCGGGACGGUGAGUCCCAGAGGAGGCAGAUUUAGGGCCCGGGAGGGACGCUCCGCCCGAAUUUGUCCCGUAGGCCCAGAUCCGGCUCCUCGGGAACAGAACGGCCUUGGUGAAGUGGAAAGGAGGCGACCUCGGGAGCAGAAGCGCGCCCGACCUGUCGGGAACCGUGGGGCAGAGGCCGCGGAGCCGCAGGAGGGAUCUGCCUCUGCUUUCACAGCCUUCCACAUUUUUCCAAGAGCAGCAGAAAAUGAAUAAAUCCCUGGGACCAGUGUCAUUCAAGGACGUGGCUGUGGACUUCACCCAGGAGGAGUGGCAGCAACUGGACCCUGAGCAGAAGAUAACAUACAGGGAUGUGAUGUUGGAGAACUACAGCAAUCUAGUUUCUGUGGGGUAUCACAUUAUCAAACCGGAUGUUAUCAUCAAGUUGGAGCAAGGAGAAGAGCCAUGGAUAGUAGAAGGAGAAUUCCUACUUCAGAGCUAUCCAGAUGAAGCCUGGCAAACUGAUGACUUAAUAGAGAGAGUCCAGGAGGAUGAAGAUAAACAUUCGAGGCAAACUGUGUUCAUCAAUGAGACCCUGAUUGAAGAGAGAGAAUAUAUUAGUAGUGAUGGAAGCUAUGCAAGAAUGAAACCUGAUGAAUGUAGUGGAUGUGGGAAGUCACUCCUCCAUAUUAAGCUCGAGAAAAUUCAUCCAGGAGAUAAAUCUUAUGAGUUUAAUCAAAAUGGGGAACCUUACACUCUAAAUGAAGAAAGUAUUUAUCAGAAAAUUCAUAUUUUGGAGAAACCUUUUGAAUAUAUUGAAUGCCAGAAAGCCUUCCAAAAGGACCCAGUUUUUGUUAAUCACAUGGAAGAGAAGCCCUAUAAGUGGAAUGAAUCUGAAAUAGCUUUUCUCCAAAUGUCAAAUCUCAGUGUACAUCAGAGAUCUGACAUGGAAAUGAAGCCCUAUGAAUGCAGUCAAUGUGGGAAAUCCUUCUGCAAAAAGUCAAAAUUUAUUAUACAUCAGAGGACUCACACAGGAGAGAAACCUUAUGAAUGUAAUCAGUGUGGGAAAUCUUUCUGCCAGAAGGGAACCCUCACUGUACAUCAGAGAACACACACAGGGGAGAAGCCCUAUGAAUGUAACGAAUGUGGGAAAAACUUUUACCAGAAGUUACACCUCAUUCAACAUCAGAGAACUCACUCAGGAGAGAAGCCUUAUGAAUGUAGUUACUGUGGAAAAUCCUUUUGCCAGAAGACACACCUCACACAACAUCAGAGAACACAUUCAGGAGAGAGACCCUAUGUUUGUCAUGACUGUGGGAAAACCUUCUCCCAGAAGUCAGCACUUAAUGACCAUCAGAAAAUUCACACAGGCGUGAAACUCUAUAAGUGUAGUGAAUGUGGGAAAUGCUUCUGCCGCAAGUCUACUCUCACUACCCACUUGAGGACACACACAGGAGAGAAACCCUAUGAAUGUAAUGAAUGUGGUAAAUUCUUCUCUCGGUUAUCAUAUCUCACUGUACAUUAUAGAACUCAUUCAGGAGAGAAACCAUAUGAAUGUAAUGAAUGUGGGAAAACCUUCUACCUGAAUUCAGCCCUCAUGAGACAUCAGAGAGUACACACAGGAGAGAAACCUUACGAAUGUAAUGAAUGUGGAAAAUUAUUCUCCCAGUUGUCAUACCUCACUAUACAUCAUAGAACUCAUUCAGGAGUGAAACCCUAUGAAUGUAGUGAAUGUGGGAAAACUUUUUACCAGAACUCAGCCCUUUGUAGACAUCGGAGAAUACAUAAAGGAGAGAAGCCCUAUGAAUGUUAUAUAUGUGGAAAAUUCUUCUCUCAGAUGUCAUACCUCACUAUACAUCAUAGAAUUCAUUCAGGAGAGAAACCCUAUGAAUGUAGUGAAUGUGGGAAAACCUUCUGCCAGAAUUCAGCCCUUAAUAGACAUCAGAGAACACACACAGGAGAGAAAGCCUAUGAAUGUUAUGAAUGUGGGAAAUGCUUCUCUCAAAUGUCAUAUCUCACUAUACAUCAUCGAAUUCAUUCAGGAGAGAAACCCUUUGAAUGUAAUGAAUGUGGAAAAGCCUUCUCUCGGAUGUCAUACCUCACUGUACACUAUAGAACUCAUUCAGGAGAGAAACCCUAUGAAUGUACUGAAUGUGGGAAAAAAUUCUACCACAAAUCAGCAUUCAAUAGCCAUCAGAGAAUUCACAGGAGAGGGAAUGUGAACAUAGUAGAUGUGGGAAGGCUUCUCUGAAGUCAGACCUCAUUUUAUGUGAGAGAACUCUUUCAAUAUAAUGAAUAAGAAACUCCUACCUGAAGUCAAACACAUUGUACAACAGAGUGCUCACCCAGGUGAGUGUGGACAAGCCCAUGUGUUAGUCAUAUAAUCUGAAAACUCAGAGACCAUGAUUAUUACAAGACCAUGUGAUUCAUUAGAUACCAGACAAUACAAGAGUAAAAGUUUAUAAAUAUUUAGAAUGUGUAUACAUUUCACCAUGGAUUAGAACUUUUUUACAUAUCAGGGAAUCUGUCAAUUUAGGGAAUAUAUGGAAAACAUAGUCCUUUAGAAAUUGUUAGUAGAAAAAGAUAUGUUUCUGAGGCUAUAGCAAACUUUUUGUUUAAAAAGAUACCCAGAACAUAAAGGUAUCUGCUGUGAAUAAAAAUACUCCUUGUGUAAAUAGAAACUGUAAAAUCGUCAGGAUAGCUAAUCAAGUCAGUAACAUUAAACUCACAUAUAAACAGUUCCAAAAGAACAUAGAACUUAUGUUUUGGGGGGCUUUUUUGGUUUGUUUUUAGUAUGUUACAUUACAGAAAUUGUAUGAUCAGUUUGAAUCAUGUUUGAAAAAGCAUUGUAUCCUUAUUAGAGUAAUUUGUAAUAAAUAGGGUAAGAUUAUCCAUUCUAAAUAGCACCACCAUGUUAAUAUCCUAAUAUACAUUGUCCUUGAAAUAAUAUUUAAUAGAUAUAAAAUAUACUUUUUCUUGCAUUCUUCUCUGGCAUUUAUAAAUGCAUUUGAUCAUUGCUAAUUAUCAUCCAUAAAGAAUGAAUAAACUGUUUCCAUUUGUGUCUGAGUCAGCAAAAGAGAUAGAAAUCUAUGUAUAAAAUAGAUAGAAAACCUUGCUUAGGUAAUUUUAAAUUGUUAAUGCCAGAAGUCUCCAGGAGUGAGAAACCGCUAUAGUCCUCAUUCACUGUAUACAAUUUAAAGAUGUACUUAAAAUAUUCUCAUUUAAUCUAUUGUUUUUCAUCUAUUUUUCAUUUGGAUGCUUACAUAAGUGUACAAGAAUAUAAAUGCUAUGUAACUUAGGAUUUAAUUGUAUUUUUAUUUGAUAUGAUAGUGUUUUUAAGCCUUGUGCUCUGCUCUUUCCCAUUACUGAAUGAAUUAAUAGAACACAUUAAUAAGGGUUUGCGGCAGACAUUGCUGAGUGACUCCACUAGUCACUCCCUUCUUAUUUGCUGGCAGAGUUUGGGUAUCUACUUCUCAAAGAUUGGGAGAUUAAUCCUGACUAAUUUCAGUCAGUGACAGUUCCUUUCUCAUUGUCAGCAGUUGGUUUAAAGUGGUCAUGGGACCCAAUUCUAAACAUAAACAUAGGAGAUUUCUGACAGGUUAUUUCUGGAAAAGGUUUCCUCAAAGGUUCAAGGACUCGAGCAAGGUGAAGUGGAAUCUUGGUGAACAGUACCUUGUCUGGAUGUUGUGCCUUGUAACUGUCUUUCAGCGAUGGAUUAUAGGUUAACUAUGGCCUGAGCAGAAAGAUUGAAAGAUCUUGGGACCUGGAUGAUGUCAUUGAGCCACUAAACCAACCAGCCUUGUAGCCACUCCACCUUUGGACUAUUUUGUGAUAGACUAACCUUAUUUUUAAGCCAGUUGAUUUAGGAUGCUCUGUUACUAUUAAUAAUAACUGAAGACAUUCUAAUCUAAGUGAUACAGAGUUACAGUUUUGUAGGAGUUAUGCAAUUCAGAAGUGGACUUUAGGUAAGUCAUUUAUUUUAAGAUGUUAAUGUAGAGAUUAUGUUCUUUAAAAUCUGACUUAAAUAGUUUGAGCAUUAGAAAUCAACUUGAAACAAAUGUGAACUGUCAUAUCAUUGACCUGCGAAAUAAACCUUUGGAACCUGA